AUGUUGUUCCUGAGAUCCACUUUCGUUCUAUAUGAGUACGACCCCAGCCUGGCAGCUGCAGUUAUAUUUGCUGCACUGUUCAUCUUGACCACGGGAUUCCAUCUCUAUCAAAGAUUUCGAAGCCAUGCCAAGUACUUUAAUCCCUUUAUUGUCGGUGGAGUGUUCCAAGUGAUCGGCUAUGUUGCUCGCGCCAAAGCCCAUUUUGACCAGACCUCAACUACCCUAUACUCUAUACAAACUCUUCUUCUUCUACUGGCACCAACCCUCUAUGCAGCCUCGAUAUACAUGGUUUUAGGGAGGAUCAUCACCUUUCUAAAUGCGCCUCAUCUAAGCGUUGUCCCCGUUAAGUGGAUGACGAAAAUAUUUGUCUCUGGCGACGUUCUAUCUUUUAUCCUCCAAGGUGCAGGCGGCGGUAUAAUGGCCAAUGGCUCCACAAGUUCCUUGAAAAUAGGCCAGUGGGUCAUUGUAGUGGGUCUAUGCGUCCAACUACUUUUCUUCGGGGCCUUCUUAAUUGCCUCUAUUACAUUUCAUUGCAGAAUAAGCAAGGACCCUACAGCAGAUUCAGAUAAGGCAAUGAGCCCCACAAAAAGCUGUUUGCCGAAAGACUGGAGAGGUCUUCUAUUCGCAUGCUACUUCGUCAGCGUCCUGAUCCUCAUCCGAUCAGUUUACCGUCUUAUUGAGUUUGCUCAGGGUAAUAGUGGCUAUGUGAUUAGCCAUGAAGUUUUCUUAUAUGUUCUCGACGCGUCAAUGAUGUUUUUGGUCAUGUUGACUAUGAAUCUGUUCCACCCGUCGAUUGUUCUGCAAGAUGGCACUCAUCAUAAGAGUCUUGAACUAGAGGAACUUGGCUUGCAGCGUGAGAAUGGAGAUAUGUGA